AAACUCUUACUUCAGAGCGUAAAUCUAACCUAAUAAAACGAUUAUACGAAAAUUAAGUAUUAUAUCACAAUAAAAAUUGUUUUUUAACAUAAUAAUUAAGAAAUUUAAGCAUGCCUUUAUCGGAAUAUAUCUCAGCUCUCUCUGACAACCCGUAUUUCGGCGCUGGAUUCGGACUUUUCGGCGUUGGCGCUGGAGCUGCGCUGUUACGAAAGGGAUUUCAAACGUCGCUCAUAUUAUUUAGAAGACAUUACAUGAUAACUUUAGAAGUUCCGUGUAGAGACAAAUCGUACCAAUGGCUGUUGCAAUGGAUGACGACGAAAGGGGCCAGGCAAACCCAACAUUUGAGCGUCGAAACCAGUUUCGAGCAGAAAGACAGUGGGCAUAUUAAGACCAAAUACGAUUUCAUUCCCAGUAUAGGAACACAUUUUUUCCGAUAUGGAAGUACAUGGAUCAGAGUUGAAAGGACUAGAGAACAACACACCCUAGAUUUACAUAUGGGAACACCAUGGGAAACAGUGCAAUUAACCGCGUUUGGAAGAAAUAAACAACUAUUUUUUACAAUUUUAGAAGAUGCUAGACAAAUGGCAUUAGAACAGCACGAAGGAAAAACAAUAAUGUACACAGCUUUGGGCAGUGAAUGGAGACCGUUAGGGCAUCCUCGAAGGAAGAGGCCAAUUUCGUCUGUUGUUCUUGAUAAAGGAAUAAGCGACAGGAUAUUGAAAGAUUGCGAAGAAUUCAUUCAAAAUCCUUCAUGGUAUAUCGAUCGAGGAAUUCCAUAUAGAAGAGGAUAUCUUCUGUUUGGUCCUCCCGGUUGCGGCAAAUCGUCUUACAUAACAGCUUUGGCAGGAGAGUUGGGUUUUUCCAUAUGCAUUUUGAAUUUAUCCGAAAGGAGCCUUUCAGAUGAUAGACUGAAUCACUUGUUAAGCGUAGCACCUCAACAGAGCAUAAUACUAUUAGAAGACAUUGACGCUGCGUUUAUUUCAAGAGAGGACACCGUCCAACAGAAGGCUGCUUACGAAGGUUUAAAUCGAGUAACCUUUAGUGGUUUAUUAAAUUGCUUGGACGGAGUUGCGAGUACCGAAGCUAGAAUUGUUUUUAUGACCACAAAUUACAUUCAAAGGUUGGAUCCGGCUCUGAUUAGACCCGGUAGGGUGGACAUGCAAGAAUAUAUAGGUUGGUGUACGCAAGAUCAAAUAGAACAAAUGUAUUUGAGGUUUUAUGACGAACCGGAUGCCGCAGAACAUGCGAAAUUAUUUGCCGAGAAAGUUGCACAGCUCGAGACAAACAUGAGUCCGGCACAAAUUCAAGGUUAUUUUAUGGUUCACAAGCAUUCUGAGUUCAAAGAUGUGAUGGCUAAUUGCGAGAAACUGCGCCGAGAAACAAGGAGAGCGUGAAGUUUUUGAUUUAUUACGUUUAAAUAAGACAUUAUUUUGCGAAUGGAAAUCUCCUUGUCCUUAGCCGCCAAUUUUUCUACAAGUUCUUUCGGAAAAAUAUUGUCGACAUUGCUCAAAGCCGAAUGGAACUCUUUCGAAUUGUAAUCAUUUGGAAUAGCUAAACUGCAAGAAAACAAGCAGAGAAUCGGAAUUAUUACUUUCAUUAUUCUCAAUUCGCU